UAUUUUUUUCCCUCCCCCCCCCCAUCUUUCCCUUCCCUCCAUCGCCCUCCCCUAGCCCGAGAGCCGGCCGGGCCGGCUGCCCGGAGCGGGCCGAGGGGCGGGGGGGAAACCGAGCGGGCGCUGCCCGCCCCGCCGGCAGCGAGCAGGCAGGCAGGCAGGCCGGGAGGGAGGCGCCAUGGCCGACAGGGCGAGGGCGGCGCUCGGGGAGUCGGGCUGGUAUCUUUCAGAUGAAGGAAUCGAAGCUUGUAUAAGUUCAUCUGAAAAAGUCAAUACAAAUGACAUUAUCCUAGUUGCCCUUAAUACAGAUUUAAGAACUAUUGGCAAGAAAUUCCUCCCCAGUGACAUCAAUGGUGGAAAGGUGGAAAAGCUGGAAGGUCCAUGUGUUUUGCAAAUACAGAAAAUACGCAAUGUUGCUGCACCAAAGGAUAAUGAAGAGUCUCAGGCUGCUCCCAGAAUGUUACGUUUACAGAUGACUGAUGGACACACAAGCUGCACAGCUAUAGAAUACAGUAGUAUGUCAAAAAUAAGCUUGAACACUCCACCUGGAACAAAAAUUAAGCUUUCAGGAAUUGUUGAAGUGAGAAAUGGAUUCUUGUUGUUGGAUGACAGUAACACUGCAGUUCUCGGAGGUGAAGUGGAGCAUCUUAUAGAAAAGUGGGAAUUGCAAAGGAGUUUAGCAAAACACAAUAGGAGCAAUAUUGGAACGGAAGGUGGCCCUCCCCCUUUUGUGCCUUUUGGGCAGAAAUGUGUGUCUCAUGUGCAAGUCGACAGUAGAGAUCUUGAUCGCAGAAAGACUCUGCAAAUGACAAAUACUGUAAAACCUGCUGCUGACAACGAUGAAUUUGAAAAGCAGAGAACAGCUGCCAUUGCAGAAGUAGCAAAGAGCAAGGAGACCAAGACAUUUGGAGGAGGUGGUGGUAGUAGCAGAAGUAAUCUGAGUGUGAAUGCUGGAGGGAAUCGAAACAGGGAGCUGUUCCAGAAAGAGAAGAUAACGAAACCUGAGGGAAAAAAUGAAGGAGUCUACAGAGAACUGGUUGAUGAAAAGGCUCUAAAACACAUAACAGAGAUGGGUUUCAGCAAAGAAGCAGCAAGACAGGCACUUAUGGAUAACAGUAACAAUCUAGAGGCAGCAUUAAAUUUUCUUCUGAACAGUAGCAAACAGAAACCCCUUCAGGGACCACCACCUAGAGGUAAAGGAAAGGGCCGAGGCCGAAUAAGACCUGAAGACGAAGAAGAGCUAGGAAACGCCAGACCGUCUGCACCAAGCACAUUGUUUGAUUUCUUAGAAUCCAAAAUGGGUACUCUAACAGUAGAGGAACCAAAAUUACAAUUUCAGCCACCACAUCAAAUACAGCCCAAAGUUAUGACUACAGAACAGAAUGGCAUCAGAGAAAAUCAUUCAAGACAUAUUCCUCGCAAUGAUAUGAGACAGCCAAGGAAUGAGAAGCCUCCUCGUUUUCAAAGAGAUUUUCAAAAUUCAAGGCAGGCUUUGGAAAGUGGGGGGUUACCCAGAAACAGAGGUCCUGAAAGGCAUAGCUCUUUAGAGCACUGGACAGAUGAAAAAAUUAAAAGUGACAGACAUUAUCCUAGAAAUGAUAGGCCAAAGGAUAUGGGUUAUCCCAUAGCCACUCACCAGAGUGAUAAUUCUUUUAAAAAAAGGGAUAACAACAUGCAGAACAGAAUAGGAAAAGGGGUGUCCUUCACAGAACUCAAGGAGAACUCUGCUGCUCAAGAUACUAUGGACAACAAUAACCAGAAACGUGGGAAAAGGGAAAACCAAAUACACAAUUCUGAAAACUUUUGUGAUAGGAAGGCACGAACAAUAAAUAACGAAACCUUUAUGGUGAAAAAUGAGCAACAUUUUGGUGUGAACAAUGAUUACCAAAACCCUGGUAGAACUGAUAAUUUUAAUGCUGUACCAAAUGGAGAUACGGAACAUCAUCAGAAAGGAAGACGUGUAGGUCCUAUCAAAUCAUCAGGACCCGCUACGAUUCCAUCUUAUGAUGAUAAAGUUUUGUAUUACAACACUGGACCCAAAAGGAGAUCGGGGCCUAUCAAACCGGAGAAAAUAAUGGAACCAUCGAUUCACAUGGAGUAUGGAAGAAGCUGGAGACCUGGGGAUGAAUGUUUCGCUCUUUAUUGGGAAGACAACAAGUUCUACCGGGCAGAAAUUGAAGCUCUCCAUUCUUCUGGGACAACUGCAGUUGUUAAGUUCUGUGAUUAUGGAAAUUACGAAGAGGUGCUUCUCAGCAACAUCAGGCCUGUUCAUGCAGACACAUGGGAGGAUGAAGAAGAAACAUAUGAGCAAACUCUAGAAUUCCGCAGAGGAGGUGAUGGUCAGCCAAGGCGGUCCACACGACCUACUCAACAAUUUUAUCAACCCCCAAGAGCUAGAAACUGAUUAAUAAGAAUUAAAAGCAAUCUUCUCCUGGUGAGGGGUAAUUCACUGGCAGCUCCAACUUGCUGAAGACUUCUAAAAGAACUUCUGACUUUUUCCAGGCAACAUGGUGGGACAAAGAAAGCUGGUGUGAGCAGAAAGAAUUUGGACCUGAUACCACAGGAGACUUUUUUAAAGUUCUUAGUUAUGUGAAGCUGAAUACUUUUUACAUAUGAAAGAAGCAGAUUGUCAUUGCUGCCAUCAAUAAAACCACAGUGCACUAUUCUGUUCUUUGCCUUGUAUUCUUUUUACUGAGCCUCCAUUGUUAGUAAACAUAAUACUAGUGUAUUAUGUUUUUUAUUCAUUUUGAAUUUAUUUUGGUUCUAAUCCUGUUUCUAGUAAAGUAGAAGUAAAAUUCCUAUUUCCUCAAAAGCAGACAGGAAUUUAGAUUUUGCCUUGAGUUUAGAUUUUAGGCUAGCAUUAGUGAAACGCUAACAUUUUUCAGCUAAUUAUUGUACAGUGAAAUUCUAUAUGUUUUGAUUGUUUUCUAUGUUUGUUUUUUUCAAAUUUGCUAAAGGCCAAAAUUAACAAGUUUGCCUUUUAUGUUUUUUUGAGGUGUAACUACAAGUUUGAAAGAGAGAAACUCAAUGCUCUCAAAAAACAUUUUCUAAAUAAUUUUAGGCAAAUAUUUUCUUUUUAGGAAUAUUUAUAUUAUGGGGAUAGAAACAAUUCUAGAAGGUACAGGAAAGUAGUUUAAACAAAAAAUACUGAAAGAUGCAUAUAAAUAUUUCAUACAUAAAUAUGUAUAUACAUACACACGCAACCUGUUGAAUAGUAGGUUCUGACUUUCCUGUAGCUUUAAACUGCUUUUAUUGCUUCAUAUUACUAUAUUGUUCUCAAUUAUUGUUGAUGCUUAAAGAAAAAACAUGUCAAACUGUACUUUUCCUUCUAAGCUAUAUCUUUGGACCUUAUGUGAUUAUGAAAAAUAGUUGAAAUUUAACUAUUUCUUUAACUGAGAAGCACCACAAGAUCUGUAAACCUUGCAAGUCCCUUUUCAGCUUUAUUUGGAUGGUUUAAUUAAGAUUGAAAUGGCACAUGUUUUGAGAUAGACAAAAAAAAAGCCUGUCUUCUGUAAAGACAGAGUUUUACCUGGGACAUGUGUUGGUGGUAUAAAUUGUACAAUUAAUUCUAGUGAAUUUCCGAGUGCUCAUACAAAACUCUGGACAGAACCUUAUUUGUUUGGAUAAAAAGAAGUUAUGCGUUGAUGAUGUAAUUGAUUGUAUUUGUAGUACAUAAUAAUAAUAAUAUGGAUUGCUGUCUGAAUGCAGUCAGAUGUAGCAAGCACAUGAAUAUUUGCAGAAUAGUAAGGAAGCAAAUGUUUUGCUGCCAUAAUGCAGCUUCUUGAGAAUUGUAAUGCAACUCAUUAACAAUUUCAAAGAAACUUGGAAGCUUAGAACAUGAGCUGCACAAUGUUGAAUUCUUUGCUAUCAGUUGACAUAAAACAAAUUUUAUGAAGUUUGUUAGAUUUAAACUAGAGACCAUUUCCCAAACACUAUGAAUCAUCCUGGUGAGUUCUGCACAAUUGUACACUCAAAUAAAUAAAUUGUAGAUCUAAUACAUUGGAUGUUGGAUGCUUUACUUCCACAAUUAUUGCUAAGACCACUUAAAACAGCUAUUCAAGUUUCAUAAACUAUGCAGUCAUAGCACUGUUUUAGAAAUCAGUUUUGAUUUUUUUAUAAAUAGUAUUUCAUUAAAUGAGAAUGCUACAACCAGUAUACCAAAGCAGUCUCUGAAAUUAAAAAUCACUUUGGUGUACUGAUUUUUCUUUCCUCCUGUGAAUUAAACCAUAAAAUCCAGAAAACUGCUGCCUGAUUUGGUGAACUGUUUUAAAAAAUAGAGAGAGAGAGAAAGAAAUGCAGCAUUCCUCUGUAAUAGUUGUGGCAUUCUGAAAUUACCAAAUGUGCAUGCAGCUGUUUGUAGGCAAAUGAAAAAUAUUUGAGAACAUUGUUUGGAAAACAGUAAAGCCAACAUUCAUGUCAUGGUCUUCAAUGGUGCUGAGGAACUGGAAAACCA